AUGGGAAUGUCAUAACUUAAUCAAGUAUUGAUUCAAUUUUUAAUUAUAGCAUUAAAUCUUCAUGUAAUAAGCUGUAAAGGUUUCAUAAGUAUAUGAAUAAAGAUUGCAAGAAAGUUUUAGAUAAGGAGAUGUCAGAGCAUUAUUCAUAAACCUAUAAAGUUAAAUCUAACAAAUUGUUAAUUCAAAAUACAUGAAAGCAAAAAAAAUUUACUCAAGUUAAAAAACAAAAAAAUAAUUAAAGGAAAGAAGUUUACUUAUAUACUAUUGA